CAAUUAUUCUUCCUCUUUCCAGACGACAUUGAGACUUGCGGAAACGCGUUGGGCGGAAGGCGUGAGGUUCCAUCUAUUCGCUCGCUGGCAACUCUAUAAAACACACACACACACACACACACAUCUCCUUCUCUCUGUCUCUCGCACGGCGUUCGAUUGUUGGGAUUUUCGUCUCACGCCACAGUCUGGCCUCAGCAGUUCUCCCCAACGAGUCUCAACAAGAAAAUAUCGUUUAAAAAAAAUAAGAUUACCCGAAUCUAUAUAAAAGAAGAAGAGGAAAAAAAAAAAUCUGAGGUUAUCGCGCUUUUCCUUCCUUCGAACACAUCUAUACGCCCGGCGUUCGUUUCUCCCGAGGGGAUCUACAGCAUAUUCAAGACAUGACUAUGGGACACGGAUUCGCUGAGCCCUUCGGAGCUUUGGUGAGUGGUGACUUCAUGGACUUAUUUCGUGCGGAUGAAAAGAUGGGGCUCCUGGGAUACCUCGCCGUGUUCUCGCCGGUUUUCGAAGACUCGUCAUCAUCACUACCACAACUACCCAACUCAGAUCUCGAAAAUUCCAAGAUGGAAGAAUACCAGUGGCUACCAAGACGGAUCUGGAGACAGCUGCAAACGAUGCUCGGCUUCGAGACGACCCAACAAGAAUAAAUGCGCAUGAAAUCUU